UCUGGUGGUGGUGGUCCCAGGGCAGGCUGGGCACAGGGCCAGCGAUGAACGGCUAGAGGAAGACCUGAUGCUUCAGACACUCAUUGAGGAAGGUUUGAUUUCAGAGUACAUGUUCGUCCAUAUCCCCGAGACCACGAACGAACCCCAAGGAUCCGAGCAGAUCCGCCAUGCCGUCAGGUGGCUCGCUGCCCGCUCCACGGCACCAGCCCGGCUCGUCUCGCAGACGUUGGUGCAGGUUGUGGAGGCCGGGCUCUGCCGCGAGUUUGCUGGUAGGCUUCACCGUGAUCGGAGGGACCGUGACAUGGCGGGACUGCCCUCCCAGGGCCCUGCACCCGUCAUCGGCCUCUACAACACUGUCCUGGCUUUCUUGGCUGGCCUUGUGUCGUCCCCGAGUCUGGCUGGCCUCUCCUGGCCCGUGGCAGAGUUCUCGGUGCCAGGGGGUGGUGACUGCCUACCACAUCUGCUCUGGAACUCGGCUGAGCACCUGGAGUGGCUCCAGGGGGCAGUCCUGAGCCUGCGGCUGCCCGACUGGCCGCUGCCAGCCGUGGGGGCUCCUUGGAGCCAGCUGGUUGCCUCCAUCUUCCAGUACGUAUCUCAAAUCCCAUGGUCCCGCCACAGCCAGCCACUCCUUAUGUCCCAGUUGGAGAACCUUUUGGAGAGGCUGCGUCAGGACUGUGUGGGCCGAGGUGGGGGGCCGGACAAGGAGCCCACUUUCUGGGAGGUGCCCUGGGACGAAAUUGUCAUGCUCUGUGUAGAGCACCAACUCCGGGACUGGAACCCUCCUGGGUGCCCCGUGAGUGAAGAUGUCAUCAGUGACGACGGAGAAAUCUCGGUGUAUUUCCUGAGCGAUGGGCUGCAGGGCUUCAUACCGCCGUCCUGCUGGGUGGAUGCCGUAAAGCAGACGCACAGGGACAAGCAGCAGGGGAAGGCAGGGUGUCACCAGAGCAUGUGGCCUCAUCCUCGACUGGCCAGGCCACGUCUUCAACAGAAGCUGUUUCACAGCAUGGUUGAGGACCCUGAGUCCGGAUCCGGUGUUGCCCCUGUUUUGGAUGCUGCCUCCAGCCCCCAGGACCUCCUGGCUCGCAUUGAGGAGGAGAAAGAACAGAGCCGCAGGUUCGAGGACCAGCUGCGUACCUGGCUUGACGUCGAGUCCCUGGGCCCUUCCUCUUCCUCCUCACCACUUUUCUUGCCUUCUUCGUUACUGUCUGUACCGGAGAUCGUAGUGCCCUCCCCAAAGAUGGCUGCCCCACCUGCACUUGCCCUGCAGAAGGAGCGCAGUGUCCGCAGUGACCAGGCCAGGGGAGCUGCCAGUUUGUAUAUUUCCGCAGAUGUGACACAGGCGCGGAUAUAAUCUCCCAGGCCGAAGGACGCCGAAAUCUACCGCGCUGUAAGAACUCUGUUUCGACUUUUGAAGGCCGUAUUUUUGGGCUUUUUACACAAUGAAUCCGUCUGGGCUUUUCGGCAGAACACAAGGCGGAGCGUUUCAGUCUCCGCGCGCCCCGACCUCGGGGCUCUUUUCCUUCGGCCAGCAGAACGCCCCUUUCGUGCAGCCGCCUGCCCUCGGCCAGGGCACCGGCCAGACCUCGCUCUUCAGUACAUCGUCUGCCUUCGGCCAGACCGGAUCCCUUUUCGGGCAGCCUGGCGGGACGGCGUCUGGACAGGCCCCGACCUUCGGCAUGCCCGGUUCUGGGAGUCAGACCCCGUCGUUUGUACAGAGCGACACCAGGUUCGGCCCGCCGCCCUCCUUCGGGCAGCCGGCCGGGGUCGGUCAGAGCUCUGUCUUUAACCAGAACUCGGCUUUUCCCCAGACCUCUGCCUUCGGACAGACCGGCGGAUUUGCUCAGCACAC